GUAAAUCCAGGGGCUUUCAACCCUCUUUUCAAGACACUCUCCUACAAUUUUGGUCCGUCCCGAAGACAAAAUGGACCUCCCCUUUGAGCUUCAAGACAAGGACCUCUUCCAGCCCGACUGCUUCGUCCACGGCAAAUGGACCGCAACCAAGUCCAACAAGCGCUUCGAGGUAGAAGACCCAGGCACAGGAAAAGUCUGGACCACCUGCGCCGACAGCCAAGCCGAGGACGUAGACGAGGCCGUCCAGUCCGCCCACGAGGCCUUCCUCGCCUAUUCCAAGUACACGCCCCGCCGCCGCGCCCAGCUCCUGAUGGCCUGGCACCAGCUCAUCCUGGCCGCCCGCGACGAUCUCGCGCGCAUCCUGGUCUACGAGACAGGCAAGCCCCUCGCCGAGGCGCAGGGCGAGCUGGACUACUCGACGGGGUUCACGUGGUGGUUCGCAGGCGAGGCGGACCGCGUCCAGGGCAGCGUGUACAGCGGCUCCGUCGCAGGCCGCCGCGUGCUGGUCAUCAAGCAGCCCCUCGGCGUGGCGGCUGCGCUGUGCCCGUGGAACUUCCCCAUCGCCAUGGUCCUGCGCAAGGCCGGCGCGGCGCUGGCGGCGGGCUGCACCAUGGUCGUGAAACCCAGCCCCGAGACGCCCAUCACGACGCUGUGUCUUGCCAACCUGGCUGUGCGCGCUGGGUUCCCGCCCGGUGCGCUGAAUGUGCUGACUACGAGCCUGGACAACACGCCGCCUGUGGCCGAGGCACUGUGUCUGCACCCGCUGGUGAAGAAGGUCACCUUUACUGGCUCCACGAGGGUCGGCAAGAUCAUCUCGGGCCUGUGUGCGCGGAAUCUGAAAAAGGUGACGCUGGAAUUGGGUGGAAACUGUCCCUUUGUUGUGUUUGACGACGCCGAUCUCGAGCAGGCUCUGGGGCAGCUCAUGGCGCUCAAGUGGCGGCAUGCAGGCCAGGCGUGCAUCUCGGCCAACAGGGUGUAUGUCCAGGCCGGGGUGCAUGACAAGUUCGUGGAGAUGCUGGCUGCCAAGACGAAGCAGCUGAAGGUUGGGCAUGGUAUCGAGGAGGGCACGACGAUGGGACCUGUGACGACGCCUAGGGGCCUGGACAAGGCAGAGCAUCUGCAUCAGGAUGCUGUGGCCAAAGGCGCCAAAGUAAUCAUGGGCACCGGCAAGCGUGAGCAGCAGGGCGGCGGUGGUGGUGGGGCUAAUGGCGGUGCGACGGGCUACUUCAUGGCGCCGACGAUCCUCACGGGCAUUACAGAUGAUAUGGAGCUGGCCAGGGAGGAGAUGUUUGCGCCUGUCUUGGGGGUGUUCAGGUUUGACACGGAAGAUGAUGCAGUCAAGAAGGCCAACGACACGAGUAUGGGACUCGCCAGCUAUGUGUUUACCAAGAAUGUUGAUCGCUUGUGGAGGAUGUUUGAGAGGUUGGAGGCUGGCAUGAUUGGUCUGAAUACUGGGAAUCAGUCGGCAGCCGAGUCACCGUUCGGUGGCAUCAAGGAGAGCGGUCUUGGAAAAGAAAGCGGCAAGGAUGUUGCCGUGGAUGAAUACCUGAUCUCAAAGACCGGGACCUUGACGCUUCAGGAUCAUUACUGA